AAUGUUUGACUAAACAAGCAAAAUUAACUUUCCAAAGUAUAGAUAUUGAAAAAAGUUCUCCAGAUUAUCAUAUAUGGCAAGUGUGUCAAACUCAAGGCCCGAGGGCCAAAUCUGGCCCGCCAUAGCUUUCUAUGUGGCCCUCGAGACUCCAAAUUACAGCAAUAGGCCCCUCCAGGUUUUCACAAAUAACCACAAAAUUCACACAGAAAUCAACGGAUCUCCACAUUUUUCUGAGUUUAUCAACAUUUUUUCUCAAAAUUGACCAAAAACAUUUUGGUUCAAGUGAGCGCCGUCUCAGCCUGACUUGAUGUCAAGUUAUAGUCCAUGACCGAUAGAGCGAUUAAUAAAAGGUCACAUUUAACAUAAUUUAUUAGCGCAAAUAUUGUAAAAAUUCCUUACGAAUAUUUCUAAAUUAGCGCCACGAAAUCUGUGAUGUUGAUGGCAGAAAACCACAAAAACAAUCCUGGAUGGACUGAUUAGUGUGAAAAGAUGUUCAAUAUUAUGUUAUUUUAAGAAACACUUUUAACAAUUGAAUUGGUUUUUAUCAAUACGAUCCGGCGCAACAGGAACUUUAUGAACAUUCAGAUUUUGGCCCAAAAUAGAAAUGAGUUUGAUGCCCUGAUAUUUGAUUUAAAAAGACUGAAUCAUGGACUAUUUUGAAUGUAAACAAGAAUAAAGAGGAAGAUAUUUGGUGGUGGAAUGAUGUCACUCCACCAGCAAAGGAAGAUUUUGUGAUGUCACUGGCGAUUCAGUCUGUGAUGUCAUCAACUGUAGGAUUGUAUGUAACACAAUUCUGCAUAUUUUUCAUUGCUUGCAAUAUCACUGACCAGUUCAGACGCAAAGCUCUUUCAGGUAGUUUACCAAUCGAGGAUUUUAGUGAUUGUAUUUAGGAGAAAAUGUCUCAUCAUACGCCGAGAUACCACAGUGGGAUGAUGGGACCCCACGCGAGAAGGGGAGGCCAGCAAAACCCCCAAGGCAGGUUCCCUCCUGCACACCCGAAUGCCUUACACGGGGAAAUCCACAGGCUGAGUUACCUUCUGGAAAUGGAGAGAGCCGGGAGGUUUGAAGACAACCAGAAACUGUCCCACCUGGAGGCCGAGCUGGAAGAGACCAAACUCCAGUUAAAAAAGCAAAAAGCUCUCAAAGAAACGUUUAUCAACCAGGCCAAAGACGCAAAGAGGGAACUUGACAGAGUAGAGAAGUUCAGUGAUCCAGAAGUCCGUAACGCUGCGGUCAUUGCUUCCAAGGUUCACAACAACGUGAAAUACAUGAAGAAGAAGAACUUGCAACAAGACUUGGAGGAGUUAAAGGUGGCCCACCUCCUCAGCCAGGAAGCAUUUGUGGCUGAAAUACAGGCUGAGAGGAAGAAAAGUCAGGGACUCCAAGAAGAACUGGACCAACUCCAGACUUCCUACGAGGAACUGUGCUCUGAGUAUGAAGCAGCCGAUGCUCUGCUGAGGCAGGAGGCCGAGACACAGAAGCUUUAUGAAGCGAGGCUGAGUGAGGAACAACGACUGCUGGAGAACUUGAGAGCUGAGAAGGACGACAUGUUUAAAGAAAUGUCCCAAAAGAUUUCAUUCCUGCAAGACGGCGAGAAACUUUUGCAGGAAGAAUUAAAUCUGAUCAAACGUUCAUAUAAUGAACUGACCUGCAAAUAUGAAAGCGAAGUUUCUUUACUAAAGCAAGACAUGGAAAGAUAUCGGCAGGAGGCGACACUUGAGAAAGACGCCAACAUAGAAAGAACGAAGGAAAAUCUGCAGCUUAUCAACAAUCUGAGAGCUGAGAAGCUGCAGAUAAAUCAGGAGCGAAAAGAUCAUUUGGAGAAAUCAGAGGAGGACAAGGCGCGUCUAGACAACCUGAGAACUGAGAAGGAGGAGCUCUAUCAAAACAUGUCCAGAGAAAUCACAGUUCUGCAAAAGAGAGAGAAACAGCUGAUAAAUGAACUGGAUCAGGUUAACUUCUUCUACGAGGAGCUAAAAUGUAAAUAUGAAAGAGACAUUAUGGAUAUCCAGCAGCAGGUUGAAACAUACCAGCAGGAGAGAAAAGCUCAGCUGGAGAAAUCAGAGGAGGACAUGGCGCUUCUAGACAAUAUGAUUGGUGAGUUUGCCGUCCUCCAAGAUAAAACAACAACUGAGAUUCAAUUCCUUCAAGACAAGGAAAGGAGUGUCCAGGCUGAGUUGGAGAAGGUUAACAGUUUGUACCUGGAGUUAAACCGUCUGUAUGAAACUGAUGUCACCGCAUUGAAACAGGAAGCAGCAAAAUACCAGCAGGAGAUGAGUUGUGUGAUAAAUGAUUUGGACAGAGAAAGAGAGGAUGUACUGCUGCCCGACACUCUGACAGCUGAGGAAGACGAUUUCCAUCAAAAACACAUCCCAGUUUUCCAAGAGGAGAAAGACUCACAGAACCAAGUCGACCCGGUUAAAGUCUUCAGUCCAGAGGUUUCUUCGGAGGAGGAACUCUCAGGAAAAACCUUAUCAGGUUGUUCCACGGAUCCAGAAUCCACAGAAGAGACUGAGAUCGCUGGAGAAACCAUCCUGGAGGAUUUAAACAAUCCAGAUACUAAAACCCUGCAGGAUGAGGAGAAAGACGUGAGAGGUCUGUGA